GGUAAUAUAGCAAGCAUCGGUCUUCGUCAUCUUCCUCUUUACGCGGCAUCUUCCCUUUCUCUUUGCCCCACUCUCCUCUCUCUCUCUCUAUUAAAUUUCCAUUACCUACCCAAAAACCACGGCAACAAAAUCAAAGACCAACCCCUACAAGACUCUCCAAAAGACCCCAUUAAAACUCUCUGUUUAGUGAUAAGGAAUAAAAGAUCAUUGAUAGCUGAGAGGGGACCAAUCGAAAGGAUGAUGAUGUUACGGUGGCUUUCCAGGCCGCUUGAACGUUGCCUUGGGGUGAGGGCUGGUGGGGAUGGUCUCAUGUGGCACACUGACCUUAAACCGCACGCUUCCGGUGAUUACUCCAUCGCUGUGGUGCAAGCAAACAACAACCUUGAAGAUCAAAGCCAGGUCUUUACAUCUCCUUCUGCUACCUACGUUGGUGUCUAUGACGGUCAUGGUGGUCCUGAAGCUUCGAGAUUUGUCAACAAACAUCUCUUCCCUUUUAUCCAAAAAUUUGUUUUAGAACAAGGGGGAUUAUCAGCAGAUGUAAUAAAGAAGGCAUUCAAUGCUACUGAAGAGGAGUUUUUGCAUUUGGUGAAGCAAUCAUUGCCUCUGAGGCCUCAAAUUGCUUCAGUUGGAUCAUGCUGUCUAGUUGGUGCGAUUUCUAAUGAUGUGUUAUAUGUGGCUAAUCUUGGUGACUCAAGAGCAGUUCUUGGCAAGAGAGUUUCAGAGAAUAAGAAAAACAUGGUGGUGGCAGAAAGGCUGUCAACAGAUCAUAAUGUUGGAGAUGAGGAAGUCAGAAAGGAGGUUGAGGCCCUUCAUCCAGAUGAUUCUCAUAUAGUGUUGUACACCCAGGGAGUUUGGAGGAUUAAGGGCAUAAUCCAGGUGUCAAGAUCCAUUGGUGAUGUUUACCUGAAGAAACCUGAGUUUUAUAGAGAUCCAAUCUAUCACCAGUUUGGAUUCCCUGUUCCCCUUAAAAGGCCUGUUAUUACAGCAGAACCCUCCAUCCUUAUUAGAAAGCUUAAGCCACAGGACCUAUUCCUGAUCUUUGCAUCAGAUGGCCUAUGGGAGCAGUUGAGUGAUGAAGCUGCUGUAAACAUUGUUUUCAAAAACCCCAGAGCCGGUAUCGCGAAGAGAUUGGUAAGAGCUGCACUUCAAGAAGUUGCAAAGAAAAAAGAGAUGAGAUAUGCUGAUAUUAUGAAAAUUGAAAAGGGAAUAAGGCGCCAUUUUCAUGAUGAUAUCACUGUGAUUGUAAUUUAUCUUGAUCAACACCGAGGCUCUUGCAAUAAUAGAAUCAAGCCAAAUGCCAUGGGUUGCACAACGGCACCUGUUGACAUCUAUUCCUUCAAUGCAGAUGAAGGAGAUGAGGAUCUGCUUCAAACAAUGACCUGAAUACAGUAGAAUGAAUUAUAGAGUAGUACACUGACUUUUCAACAAAGUUUAUGUUUGGAAACCAAAUGAUAAGUGAGAUUGGUUCCCAACACAGUGUUCAUUGGAGAAAAUAUAGAGUUUGGGAGGUAAAUUAAGUCACUGAAGGAUAUAGGUGGAUGCAGAUGGAAGCAGGCUGCUAUACAUUUUUCAAGUGAAGUUCUGCACAUACUAUUAUCUUACAUGUUUAUUCUUGUAUUUGCUUGAGUUAACAAAGAUAAAAGUAAACAAUGGCUUGAAUUAACUGUCACUGACAAUACUGGUCUUCUUUAAUCAAAUCAUAGAUAUAAACUUACCAUCAUUAAUAUCCAAAAGUUUUAAUAUCAAAUUAAGUUUGAGAAAACAUCAAAACAGAAAAUCCAAUAAGCAAAGAUAUAUUAGUACUUUGUAUAACAAUUUUACAGAGACGAUACGUUAGCACAAAAAGAUUUCUAUUUGAUUGGUAUAAAAGGGAUUGUGAUUGUACAUACCUUGAAGUUUUUCAAUUCCCCUCUUCCCACAUUCCUCUUUCUUGUCU